AUGUUUUUAGAAGCUUCAGUUAAUGCGAAAGAGGAAGGCAGGGUCCCCUGCUGCUUUUUCUUCAGCCAUGGUCCUGAAGCUAAACCACAAGAAGCAGAUCCUUAUGAAAUAUACCAACAAUUCGAGAUCCAUCAACGAAAACCAUCCUCUCGAAGAUACUUUGCAACAUCCGUUGAUCCUGACGGAGUACCACCAGAGUUCCUCAAGAGAAAGUAUUGGACCGUUGAGUACUCGACGACAUCCGGAGACUAUGGCCUGAAAGAUGAUGCAAAAGGAAUUGACACUAAGCGUUACGACCUUCCUACUAUUCUCAACACAAACAUUCCGGUGGGGCAUUGGUAUGUACCUUUCAUAUUCGUCAAGGAAGGAGACGCAAAGGAUCACCUUAAGAUCUCAAAUUAUUACCGCAUGACUCUUUACCAAAGAUGGGAAGAGGUUUACUCUUGCGAGAACGCACACAAAGACAACUGCGAGGUUGUAGUUAAUGUCCAAGUGGAACCACAAGUUGUGAAGCUUGAGGGACAAGAAAUUAAAGAAAAAAGAGGAAGUAUGGAUGAAACUGAGUUUGUUUGGUUUGAGGGCGGCGUAGACAAGAAGCUAGGUUUAAGAUAUGCUGUUAUAGAGAGGAUGAAAUAUGAAGAGCUGAGAUUCGGGUGGAAUAGCGAUCCAGAAACAGCUGUGAUUGAGACAUCUGUUCGAUUCAAUGGAGGCGAUUCGAGCUGGAAGAGCUAUAAAGGUUAUGUGUUGGUGGAGAGCUUUGUGUUGAGGAGAAUGGAUAAGAGUUUGGUCGUGACAUUUGAGUUUAGACAUGAUAAAUUGAAGAGCAAGUGGAGAUUCGAAGGUGGUUCAUCAGCUUCUCUGUGUUGUCAUCUGUGCAACUUAAGGCGUCUCUCGGAAUGUCAGAGAAGCUUGUCCAAGGCGUUGCCGGAAGGUCCAAGUUCGGGGGUGCUUGUGAUUCAAGACGAAGAGUCAAAGCCGACUUGUUGCUUUGGAUCUUGCUACGACGGUGAACUCAGAGGCUUACCGUUCCCACAGAACGCCAAGGUGACUGUGACUUACAGAACCGGAACUGGUCAGAACAGGAGAAGUUACCAUGACCCGGUUCUGUUCAUUCCUGUUCUUGAUCAUCCUCUAUCUUCCAACCGUUAUUAUGUUAUUAAACGACGUGGCAAGCACUCAGGAGAAGCUUCGGUUAGUGCAAAAGAGGAAGACAGAGUCCCCUGCUGCUUUUGCUUUACUUAUGUUCCUGAAGCUAAGCCACAAAAAGCAGAUCCUUAUGACAUAUACCAACAAUUCGAGAUUCAUCAAACGAAACCAUCCUCUCGGAGAUACUAUGCAACCACGGUCGCUCCUGGCGGGAUACCACCAGAGUUCCUUAAGAGAAAGUAUUGGACCAUUGGAUACUCCAAUUCCCAAGACUUUGGUCUGACAGAUGAUGCAAAGGGGAUUAACACUAAGCUUCGUUCAGAGCUUCCCAAUGAUCUAAACACAAGCGUCGUGGUAGGGAAAUGGUAUGUCCCUUUCAUAUUCGUGAAGGAAAGAGAUGCAAAAUAUCAGAUCAAGAGCUCAACCUACUACAUCAUGACUCUUAAACAAAGAUGGGAAGAGGUUUACUCAUGUGAAAACGUUAAUCAAAACGAUGAAGAAGGAGAGGUUGCCGUUGAUGUUGAAGUAGAAACAGAAGUGGUGAAGCUUGAGGGAGAAGAAACCAAUCUGAGAGAGACAAGUGGUGAUGGAGUUGUUUGGUUUAGUGUCUUAAGGGAUGAGAGACAAGACAAGAAGGUAGGUCUUGGGUCCGUGGUCGUGGAGAGGAUGAAAUGGGAAGAGGAAAAGUUUGGGUGGUCAAACAAUGGCGAAAGAUCUAACAUUAAGAGAUCAGAGAGAUUCAAAGGUGGUUCAUCGCAUUGGAAGAAUUAUAAAUGUUAUGUACUGGUAGAGAGCUUUGAGUUGAAGAGAAUGGAUGGGAGUUUGGUGUUGACAUAUGAGUUUAGACAUGUUGAUAAGUUGAAGAGCAAGUGGGAUUGAAUUUAUUCAUCUUUAUGUGUUAUGUGUGCAACUGUUGGUUUAACAAUUUGGUGUCAUGCAAGUUCUUGUAAUAAUACUUAAGGUUUCAUGUCAUGUAAAGAUCAAUUUUAAUGAAUCUAAAUUUAACCUAACCAUCAAGAAUCUGUGAAGAAGCGGC